CCACUGCCUGCAAAAAACGCGAAUCUCUCUCUCUCUCUCUCUCUCUCCUCGAAAGCGAAAUCGAAAUCGAACUAUACGAAAAAACAAGUCAGUCUUGAAAACGGAUCCGAAAGAAAUUACGAACCAGAAUAAACUGAAAACCCUAACCCUAGCCGAGACUUUUCGUCUUCACCCCACACCGUUGUCUCUCUCUUGAUUUUACUGUGCACGUGAAGACCUUAGCCAUAGUUAGAUUAGGGUUAGGGUUUUUGUGGAUAGAGGUGCACGCGAGGUACCGAAGCGGAUUAGAAUUAGGGUUAGGGUUAGGGUUAGCGCUAGAGUUAGGGUUUCGGUGAUGGAAUGCGAAGGUUGUGGUGGUGGUGGGCGUUGUUUGUGUCGUCGCUGAUGACUGGAGGCCGAUGUCACAGGCGGAAGAAAAUGAUGGGUAGGGGUGCGGACGGAGGUUGCGGCACCGAGGAGCGGUCUUGCCCCGUUUCUAGGGUUCCGGCCAAAAUUCCGCCGGGGGCCCAACCGGAAAUUCCAGAGAAGCAGACCUCAGUAGACAUUGAUUUCUACUCGCAGUCUAGGAAAGCGCUCUGUGAGCGCUCGCCUUUCGACGUUGCGGACGAGGCCUCGGCUUUGAGUCUGCCUACUCUGCCCAGCGGCUUGGCCAGCUUCUUGUCGAGGAGUUCGGACAGUCGGAGGCGGCACAAGAAGUCCCAUUCGGCCCAUUCUGGCGCGGACAAGAAGUCUUCUCGGCCAUCUAGGGGUUCCAACAUUUGGGCUGAGACGGAUGAGUACUUUAGAGACCUGAGAUUGUGCGAUAUUGAUGCCUUGUUUGAGGUUUCUUCUCCAUUUAGUUCUUUAGCUACUUGGAAGUGUCUUCUGAUUCCAAUUUCGGAAAAUGCUUCGAGGGUGAAAGUAGGUAGUUGUGGAAUUGAGAGUGUGAAUGAGCAUGAUGGAAAUGGAAGCGGAAAUGGUAAUGGAAAUGGGGUUGUUAAAGAGGAGGUGAAGAGUGAGGGUGAGCAAUCAUUGGAAAGUGACAGUGUUGGAGACGAGGCAAAGCCUCAGGAUGAAAAGGGUUGUUCGGUGUCUGAUUCUUCUGGCGGUUUAGAAUGGCUUUUAGGAACUAGGAAUAAGAUUUCUUUAACUUCAGAGCGGCCUUCGAAGAAGCGGAAGCUUCUGGGUGGCGAUGCAGGGUUGGAGAAAGUUUUAAUUGGUUGUCCUUGUGAAGGGAACUUGUCAUUGUGCCACUUUUGCUGUACGGGUGACAUGGGAAAGGAGUCCCACCGGUUGAUUGUUUGCAGUUCGUGUAAGGUUGCAGUUCAUCGGAAGUGCUAUGGUGUGCAGGAGGAUGUGGAUGCAGCUUGGUUGUGUGACUGGUGUAAGCAGAAGAGUGAUAUCAAUAGUAAUGAUUCAGUGAGACCUUGUCUGCUUUGCCCAAAGCAGGGUGGUGCCCUAAAACCUGUUCAUAAGAGGGACGAAAGUGGUGGAUCCAUGGAGUUUGCUCACUUGUUUUGUUGCCAUUGGAUGCCUGAGGUCUAUAUAGAGGACUUGACAAAGAUGGAGCCGAUCAUGAAUGUGGGAGGAAUUAAGGAAACGAGGAGAAAAUUGGUGUGUAACAUAUGCAAGGUGAAAUGUGGCGCUUGUGUUCGGUGCAGUCAUGGAACCUGCAGAACUUCCUUCCAUCCUAUAUGUGCGAGGGAGGCGAAAUUCAGAAUGGAAGUUUGGGGAAAACAUGGAUGUGAUAAUGUUGAGUUACGGGCUUUUUGCUCAAAGCACUCAGAUGUACAUGAUAAUAGCAGCAGUUCACGUGCUGGUGAUCCUUCUGUGGCUGUUGGUGGUGACUUCAAUGUGGAUAACCAUCUUCCCAUGGCAGCCUCUAUGAACGAAGCACACAAGUUGAUUGAUUGCCAAAAUGGAGAUAAUAUUGCAGUUCAUCUAGGAACUUCUGAUGCUACUGAUAAAUCGGGUGACAGUGAACUGCAAGAGGUAGGGUGUUCCAAUUUUGGUUUAGAAACCAGAGUUAUGCCUGAAUGUGGUGGUGCACAGCAACUCAUUAAUGUGGGAGAACUAGGGAGGAGCAAUGAGGAUGUUAACCUAUCUGAUUCCCUUAAUGUUGCACUGAUUUUGAAGAAGAUGAUUGAUCGUGGAAAAGUCAAUGUGCAAGAUGUGGCAUUGGAGAUUGGCAUCUCACCUGAUUCAUUAACUGCAACACUUGCUGAUGACUGCAUGGUACCUGACCUGCGAUGCAAACUGUUGAAAUGGCUUAGAAAUCAUACUUAUUUUAGUACCUUGCAGAAAAAUCUUAAAGUUAAAGCAAAUUCAGCAAUUAUGUGUAAGGAUGAAGUUGGAACAACUGAUGAAUCUGAUGUUGUAGCAGUAUCAGAGUCUGAUAUUCCAGAUCCUGUCGCUGUUAAGUCAGUGCCCCCACGGAGAAGAACCAAAAGCAAUGUUAGGAUUUUGAAGGAUAACAAAGUAAUAUGUUCAUCAGGGGAAAUAUUUGGUGACAAUGGGAUAGUGAUCGAUAAGGUUAAAGUAGAUCAACCCGGCUGUGAAGAACCAGAAAAUUCAAGUAAAUUAUCAGUCCCCAGUGCUACCGAAAAGAAGUCCACUGAGCCUGAUGAAGUUGAAGAUUCUUUGCCGAGGCAUUCAUGUAAAUCUGAAGGCAAUUCACCUAGACCCUCAACUUGCAGCCUUCAUGAAAGCGUUCAAUUGGAGGAGGUUGCCAUUCAUGAGCACAAAGCGUCUGUGAAUGGAGACCAAGGAAAUCCAGUUUGUGCCACUGUAAAUUCAGUAGUCUCUGAUGUCAUGGUAACAGAAGCAGCAUCUAGCUUUUACAUCCACCCGUAUAUUCGCAAGAAAUUGUUGCAGAUGGAAUUGGGAAUGCUUUUAAAGAAUCCAGUAUAUGAGUUUAAUGGUUCAAGGGAUAAAGAAAUAUCUAGAUUGGAGGCUUCUUCCAGUGCUAGUGUUUGCUGUAAUCACGAAAAUCAACAUUUGAAGUGCAGUAACAUGAUUUGUAAAUCUGAUGGACUAAAUUUAGAACAAUUGGUUAAGGCUAGGAAAAUGGGAGUUUUAGAAUUGUCUCCAGAAGAUGAAGUGGAAGGAGAAAUGAUCUAUUUUCAGCAUAGGUUACUUGGCAACGCAGUUGCAAGAAAGCAGUUUACUGAUAAUUUAAUUUGUAACGUUGCUAAGAGUUUGCCACUGGAGAUUGAUGCAGCGCGGAUGCAAAGAUGGGAUUCUGUGCUUGUUAACCAGUAUCUUUGUGAGCUUAGAGAAGCAAAAAAGCAGGGUAGGAAAGAGAGAAAGCAUAAGGAAGCACAGGCUGUGCUGGCUGCUGCAACUGCUGCUGCUGCAGCAUCCUCUAGGAUUUCAUCAUUUAGGAAAGAUGCUUUUGAUGACUCGGCUCAACAGGAGAGUUUGAUGAAUUUGAAUACAUCUAUUGGGAGGUCUGGCACCAGCUCCCAGUUGAUGCCACGGGCGAAAGAGACACUUUCUAGGGUGGCUGCCCCUAGGAUUUCAUUGGAAAAGCACUCUGAUUUUGUUCAUUCAAUAUCAGAUCUUUCUAAGGAGCAUCCUAGAUCAUGUGAUGUCUGCCGUCGGUCUGAGACAAUGUUAAACCCGAUAUUAGUCUGUUCAAGUUGCAAGGUUGCGGUUCACUUGGGUUGCUAUCGAAGCGUUAAAGAAUCUACAGGUCCAUGGUACUGUGAAUUAUGUGAGGAAUUAUUAUCAUCUAGAAGCUCUGGAGCACCAACUGUCAAUGCUUGGGAGAAGCAUUUUUUUGUCGUGGAAUGUGGUCUAUGUCGUGGCACUACUGGUGCUUUUAGGAAGUCUUCAAGUGGUGAAUGGGUCCAUGCCUUCUGCGCUGAGUGGGUAUUUGAAUCAACAUUCAGAAGGGGACAAGUGAAUCCAGUUGAAGGAGUGGAGACAGUUUUGAAGGAGGCUGAUGUUUGCUAUAUCUGCCGUCGUAAACAUGGUGUCUGCAUAAAGUGUAGCUAUGGCCACUGCCAAGUAACAUUUCAUCCUACAUGUGCCAGAAGUACUGGCUUAUACAUGAAUAUAAAGAAUUUUGGUGGCAAGCUGCAGCACAAGGCUUAUUGUGAAAAGCAUAGCUUGGAGCAAAGGGCAAAGGCUGAAACUGAAGAACAUGGAAUUGAGGAGUUUAAGAGGAUCAAGCAAAUUAGGGUUGAACUAGAGAGGUUACGCCUUAUUUGUGAGAGAAUAAUCAGACGUGAAAAAAAGAAGCGGGAAUUGGUUUUGUGCUCACAUGACAUACUCGCUUGCAAAAGAGAUCAUGUUGCUCGUUCUCUGCUUGUUAAUAAUCCCUUCUUCCUUCCUGAAGUUAGUUCUGAAUCAGCUACAACAUCCCUCAAAGGGCACACCGAUGGUUAUAAAUCAUGCAGUGAUGCAAUCCAAAGAUCAGACGACAUAACUGUGGAUAGUACAGUUUCUGUUAAGCACCGGAUUAAAGUUCCUGUGUCCAUGGAUGCUGAUCAAAAGACUGAUGAUGACAGCUCCACAUCCCAAAUCUUUCUUACCCGAAAGCUCACUGAGAGGGCACAAUUUUCUGGGAAGCAAAUCCCUCAUAGACCUUCUGUUGCAUCGCCUAAUCUUUCGGAUGAGGGUGGAUGGAGGUCAAAAUCUAGAAAGCAUGCCGAGACAUUUGAAAAAGAACUUGUAAUGACUUCAGAUCAAGCAUCUAUGAAGAAUAUGCGAUUACCUAAGGGAUAUCAGUAUGUUCCUGCUGAUAUACUUCCCAGUGGGGAGCAUGACCAGGAUGCAUGUUCUGGUGAGCCAUUGGAACGCCAUGGAUAGAGCGACGCUUCUUCUUCCGGGUUUUGAUUUGCCUACUCAGGCUACCCGUCCAUCCAGGGCAAAUGUUUCCUGCCCCGAGGCUGCUGGAUAUAUCUGAUUAUGGAGAAUGGCAGACUGAACCCCAAGAUGGGGGUUCUGGUCAGUGUGCUCAUAAAUGGGAGUCACAAUCUGGUUUGGACAGGGAAAUUUUGACAAGGAAUUGCUGUAUAUUCAUUGUGAGAGUAACUGUACAGUGGGUGAGGGUUUAUUCCAUUAAUACAUGUAUUAGAAGGGCGUGAAUGUCUUUGUAUUGAUGCUUGUCUCUCUUGUGGAGAAGGUGGGGAUGGAAGCUGUGCUUCUUGUAACUGUAUACGAGGGAACUAAAGGGUAUCACCUACUGUGCCUCCUGCUCUGUAAAGAUGGUGUAUAUAGUCCUACAAUGUCGAUGCUCGAAAAUAUGGCGCUCUACUUGAUAUUUGAUUAGAGCCUUAUUUUGAAGUGCAACA